UCUCGUAAGGCGGAAAAAGCAUUGUUCUGCUAGAAGACUGCUGUUCUGUUCUCGGCGGAGCUAACUCGGAUAACAGCACCCAGGACUCAAGGAGAUUGUGGAUUUUGUAAACAGUAAGACAUGACUGGCAUAGAACGCAAGGCAUCCUCGAUGGCGGGCUUGUUCAGCUCGCUCCAUAGGACCAUCAUGGGAAUGAAAUUUUGGUCUUUCAUUGGCGUGGCGGCUGCAGUGAUCUGGCUGCUGUAUUGGUUCAACAGAACUGUUCUGAAUCCAUCCCACGGCUUUGAUCCAGUCAAGGAGCUUGAGCAGCUCAAGGAAGCAGAGGUCCUGGAGAUAUACCACAGUUACCUGGACAACAUUGAAUUGCCAUGUGACCGUAUGCUGCGGGCGGGUCCCCCGGCCGAUGAGGGCUGGGAAAUUUGUGACGAUGAGAGGUUCAGACCCGUCAAGCCUUGCUUGGCUUACUCUUUCGGGUCCCACUGGGGUAAAAGCUUCCAAUUUGACCAGGAUAUAGCACGGCUGUACAACUGUGAAGUGUUUUCUUUUGACCCGACCAUGAAGCAGGACAAAGAGGUCAAGGCCAAGUCUGUCCAGUAUUUCGACUACGCUCUGGGAAACAAUUUAGGUAGAAGCAGCCGUGUGAUGACCUUGACGGAGAUCAGACAUUCACUGCAUCACGAUGAGAGGACUAUUGACAUUAUGAGGCUGGAUUUGAACGGCAAGGAGUGGAAGGAGAUCCGGUACAUGAUCCAGCACGGAGAGCUCCACCAGGUUCGGCAACUGUUUGUGGAGUACAACACCGACAUGAAUCCCAGUGCAGGUGAGCUCCUCAAGAGGCUCUACACGCUGAAGGCGAUCGACGACGCCGGCUUCAAACGGUUCCACGUCCGCACGAACCAGGAGUGUACGCUCUUCAUGAACGGCAUCCCCGAAGAGAUGUUGAAGAACAUAGACACCGGGUGUUACGAAGUGCACUAUCUCAACAUCCACCUCGAACAAUGAUCGAGUCCUGACUAUGCGCCAUGGGGGUGUCUUCUGUUUAGUUCUAAACAUUGCUAUCAAUGCCAUGUGCGAAAAUGAGGCUGUGUCUGUAAUGAGGGUGAUUAUUGACUGUGAAUUCAAAUUAUGUACAUAAUAAAUAUGGAACCAGACAGUUUGAGGGGCUUGGAUUAAACUUCUUGGGACUGACAAUUGAGCCAAGCAAACCACCCUCAACAACGCAUCUGAGACAAAUAUAUACUGGUAACAAUAACUGAUCAAGGAAAUAAAAUUUUUUUGACUGUCAAUUAGCCUGAGAUGAAAGUUCCCAUAACAAGUCAAGAGCCCAUUCAACAACAAAACUUGUUUGCGCUACGACUGUCGUAAGUCUUUUAUAAUGUAUUGGCGUCCCGAUUGUAUCACCACGAGGACCGAUUGGGAUCGGGUAUUGUAACCAGCGCUAUGUGUGUAAUUGAAACAGAGUUAUUGUUGACUGCUGGAGACACUUCGAUCAAACUUGCAGGGCCUGCUGAUUGAUCCGAGUGUAGCCCUCCUUUAAGACGUAUUUUAAUGUUUUUCGACAUUUCUUCUGUUUUUUUAGUCUGAUUUUUGUCGUGAUUUCUUUUACCUGGAUCAAGUUUCGUAAAUGAUUAUCUUCUUAUUAAUUAUCUUCCCUAAAAUUAUUGCUUUUUUAGGGCAUCUUAAACUAAUAUAAAUGCUUGCCAGAAAAUUUGUGUGACCUUCUGUAAGCUUCUCAUGUGAAAUGUCUUCUUGAAGGAAAAUCCAAACAUUCGUUUUAUUAUUUAAUUACAGUCUUUGUCCAGUCCAGGGUGUGGAACGCGUUGUUUUCGGAGUGAGGUUGAUUAUAGACUGACGAUCAUAAGAAAGCAUUCCGAUCAGGUUUUUAUCAAAAUGACACAAACCACUUACAAUUGUUAACGUGGCUUGUUUUAAAGACAAUUACUGUUGGGAUUAAAUAUGUACGUGCC